AUGGAGCUCCCAGCCCUCCACCCUUACCAAUAUGUCUUCCCUUCUCAUCUCCUUUAUCCAUAUCACUUGGCCCCUGAAAACUACGUCCACUGGACUGAGACCCCAGAGUCUCACAUUUUCUCUGCUGACCUCCCUGGUGUUAGGAAAGAGGAAAUAAAAGUAGAAGUAGAGGAUUCAAUAUACCUCAUAAUUCGAACACAGAGAAUUGAUGAAGCCACAGAGCCCAGCAGGAACUUUAUGAGGAAGUUUCGGAUUCCAGGUAGGGUUGAUCUCGAACGGAUUUCAGCUGGAUAUGAAGAUGGAGUAUUGACAGUCACAGUGCCAAGAUCUUUAAGGAGGACUUUUUAUAUUGACCCAGCUGAUGUCCCAGAACGGCUUGAAGUUCUUGCAAGGGCUGCUUGA